AAUGUAGAUGUCAAUUAUAUUACUGUUUAUUAAAAACAAAAAUCACUAUAAUUACUUGUAGUUACUGUUAAAUUAUCCUUCCUUUGGGAUUGGGGGAAGGAGACAACAUUAGCAAGAUAUCAGUCUUUUGGAAUUCUUACUGAGGUUUGCAGCAUAAAACCUCUUCUCCAAAGUGCUUCCCCAUCUCUAAACUUUCUCAAAUCAGACUAUACCCACUGCUCACUUACUGACAUGGUUCGGUUCCAAAGACAGGUCGUUAUGCAAAAAUUGGUGUUACAUGAAAGGAGGAUGACUGCGUAGUUACAGAACUGCCAAAUUAUAUCAUUGCAUAACUGCCAGAUUACAUCGUUACAUAACUGCCAAACCCCUGAGAAUCAUGGCCUAGCCAAGUUGCCACAUAACCUUACCCAUCACAGUCAGCGUUACUAUCGCCUUGCACCUCUGCGCUCGUUACUGCCAGAUAUGCCUUCCAGGAUGUCAAAUUUGUCAGCAACUCGUCAGAUGCUUUUGUGGUCGCUUGGUCAAGCAACAUGCUUGUUUUACUGCAAGUCUUGCCAUGAAAUACUCAGAUGUGAAAUUGGGUGACCAUUUUAACCAGGAAAUAGAAGAAUGGUCAGUGGAAAAGCAUACAGAACAGAGCCCAACGGAUGCUUAUGGAGUCAUAAAUUUUCAAGGAGGUUCUCAUUCCUACAGAGCUAAGUAUGUGAGGCUAUCAUAUGACACCAAACCUGAAGUCAUUCUGCAACUUCUGCUUAAAGAAUGGCAAAUGGAAUUACCCAAACUUGUUAUCUCUGUACAUGGGGGCAUGCAGAAAUUUGAGCUUCAUCCACGAAUUAAGCAGUUGAUUGGAAAGGGUCUUAUUAAAGCUGCAGUCACAACUGGAGCCUGGAUUUUAACUGGAGGAGUAAACACAGGUGUGGCAAAACAUGUUGGUGAUGCCCUCCAAGAACAUGCUUCCAGAUCAUCUCGAAAAAUUUGCACUAUCGGAAUAGCUCCAUGGGGAGUAAUUGAAAAUAGAAAUGAUCUUGUUGGGAGAGAUGUGGUUGCUCCUUAUCAAACUUUAUUGAACCCCUUGAGCAAAUUGAAUGUUCUGAAUAAUCUACAUUCCCAUUUCAUAUUGGUGGAUGAUGGCACUGUUGGAAAAUAUGGAGCAGAAGUCAGACUGAGAAGAGAACUUGAAAAAACUAUUAAUCAGCAAAGAAUUCAUGCUAGAAUUGGCCAAGGUGUCCCUGUGAUGGCACUCAUAUUUGAGGGUGGGCCCAAUGUUAUCCUCACAGUUUUAGAAUACCUUCAGGAAAGUCCUCCUGUUCCAGUAGUUGUAUGUGAAGGAACAGGCAGAGCUGCAGAUCUACUAGCAUAUAUUUAUAAACAAACUGAAGAAGGAGGGAGUCUUCCUGAUGCAGCAGAGCCUGAUAUUAUUUCAACUAUCAAAAAAACAUUUAAUUUUGGCCAGAGUGAAGCAGUUCAUUUAUUUCAAACACUGAUGGAGUGCAUGAAAAAAAAGGAACUUAUCACUGUUUUCCACAUUGGAUCAGAUGAACAUCAAGAUAUAGAUGUAGCAAUACUUACUGCACUGCUAAAAGGCACUAAUGCAUCAGCAUUUGACCAGCUUAUCCUUACACUGGCAUGGGAUAGAGUUGACAUCGCCAAAAAUCAUGUAUUUGUUUAUGGGCAGCAGUGGCUGGUUGGAUCCUUGGAACAAGCUAUGCUAGAUGCUCUUGUAAUGGAUAGAGUUGCAUUUGUAAAACUUCUUAUUGAAAAUGGAGUAAGCAUGCAUAAAUUCCUUACUAUUCCUAGACUGGAAGAACUUUACAACACUAAACAAGGUCCAACCAAUCCAAUGCUGUUUCACCUUGUUCGAGAUGUUAAACAGGGAAAUCUUCCUCCAGGAUAUAAGAUCACUCUAAUUGAUAUAGGACUUGUUAUUGAGUAUCUAAUGGGAGGAACCUAUAGAUGCACCUACACUCGGAAACGUUUUCGAUUAAUAUAUAAUAGUCUUGGUGGAAAUAAUCGGAGGUCUGGCCGAAAUACCUCCAGCAGCACUCCUCAAUUGCGAAAAAGUCAUGAGUCUUUUGGCAAUAGGGCAGAUAAAAAGGAAAAAAUGAGACAUAAUCAUUUCAUUAAAACAGCACAGCCCUACCGACCAAAGAUUGAAACAGCUAUGGAAGAGGGAAAGAAGAAAAGAACCAAAGAUGACAUUGUAGAUAUUGAUGAUCCUGAAACCAAGCGCUUUCCUUAUCCGCUUAAUGAAUUGUUAAUAUGGGCUUGCCUUAUGAAGAGGCAGGUCAUGGCCCGUUUUUUAUGGCAGCAUGGCGAAGAGUCAAUGGCGAAAGCAUUAGUUGCUUGUAAAAUAUAUCGUUCGAUGGCAUAUGAAGCAAAGCAGAGUGACCUGGUAGAUGAUACUUCAGAAGAACUGAAACAGUAUUCCAAUGAUUUUGGUCAACUGGCAGUUGAAUUAUUAGAACAGUCCUUCAGACAGGAUGAAACCAUGGCCAUGAAGUUGCUCACUUAUGAACUGAAAAACUGGAGUAAUUCUACCUGCCUUAAGUUAGCAGUUUCUUCAAGACUUAGACCUUUUGUAGCCCACACCUGUACACAAAUGUUGUUGUCUGAUAUGUGGAUGGGAAGACUGAAUAUGAGGAAAAAUUCGUGGUACAAGGUCAUAUUAAGCAUUUUAGUUCCACCUGCUAUAUUAAUGCUAGAAUAUAAAACUAAGGCCGAAAUGUCUCAUAUUCCACAAUCUCAAGAUGCCCAUCAGAUGACAAUGGAAGAUAGCGAAAACAACUUUCAAAAUGUAACAGAAGAGAUUCCCAUGGAAGUGUUUAAAGAAAUAAGAAUUUUGGAUAGUAAUGAAGGAAAGAAUGAAAUGGAGAUACAAAUAAAAUCAAAAAAGCUUCCAAUCACACGAAAGUUUUAUGCCUUUUAUCAUGCACCAAUUGUAAAAUUCUGGUUUAACACGUUGGCAUAUUUAGGGUUUCUGAUGCUUUAUACAUUUGUGGUUCUUGUACAAAUGGAACGGUUACCUUCAGUUCAAGAAUGGAUUGUUAUUGCUUAUAUUUUUACCUAUGCUAUUGAGAAAGUCCGUGAGAUCUUUAUGUCUGAAGCUGGAAAAAUAAACCAGAAGAUUAAAGUUUGGUUUAGUGAUUACUUCAAUAUCAGUGAUACAAUUGCGAUAAUUUCUUUCUUCAUUGGAUUUGGACUAAGAUUUGGAGCAAAAUGGAACUUUGAGAAUGCAUAUGAUAAUCAUGUUUUUGUGGCUGGAAGAUUAAUUUAUUGUCUUAACAUAAUAUUUUGGUAUGUGCGUUUGCUAGAUUUUCUAGCUGUAAAUCAACAGGCAGGACCAUAUGUAAUGAUGAUUGGAAAAAUGGUGGCCAAUAUGUUCUACAUUGUAGUGAUUAUGGCUCUUGUAUUACUUAGUUUUGGUGUUCCCAGAAAAGCAAUACUUUAUCCUCGAGAACCACCAUCUUGGAAGCUUGCUAAAGAUAUAGUUUUUCAUCCAUACUGGAUGAUUUUUGGUGAGGUUUAUGCAUAUGAAAUCGAUGUGUGUGCAAAUGAUUCCACUGUAAAGAAUAUCUGUGGUCCUGGAACUUGGUUGACUCCAUUUCUUCAAGCAGUCUACCUCUUUGUACAGUAUAUCAUUAUGGUUAAUCUUCUUAUUGCAUUUUUCAACAAUGUGUAUUUACAAGUGAAGGCAAUUUCCAACAUUGUAUGGAAGUACCAGCGUUAUCACUUCAUCAUGGCUUAUCAUGAGAAACCAGUUCUGCCUCCGCCACUUAUCAUUCUUAGCCACAUAGUUUCUUUGUUUUGCUGCAUAUGUAAAAGAAGGAAAAAAGAUAAGACUUCAGAUGGACCAAAACUUUUCUUAACAGAAGAAGAUCAAAAGAAACUUCAUGAUUUUGAAGAGCAGUGUGUUGAAAUGUAUUUUAAUGAAAAAGAUGACAAAUUCCAUUCUGGGAGCGAAGAGAGAAUUCGUGUUACAUUUGAAAGAGUGGAGCAGAUGUGCAUUCAGAUUAAAGAAGUUGGAGAUCGUGUCAACUACAUAAAAAGAUCAUUACACUCAUUAGAUUCUCAAAUCGGCCAUUUGCAAGAUCUCUCAGCCCUGACUGUAGAUACAUUAAAAACACUCACUGCCCAGAAAGCUUCAGAAGCUAGCAAAGUGCACAAUGAAAUCACACGAGAAUUGAGCAUUUCCAAACAUUUGGCUCAAAAUCUUAUUGAAGAUGGUCCUUUAAGACCUUCUGUGUGGAAAAAGCGCAGUAUUGUAAAUACACUUAGCUCUUCUCUUCCUCAAGGUGGUCUUCAGAGUAAUAAUCCUUUUCUUUGCAAUGUUUUUAUGAAAGAUGAAAAAGAUCCCCAAAGUAAAGUAUUUGGUCAGGAUUUACCUGUACUACCCCAGAGAAAAGAAUUCCUUUUUCCAGAGGCUGGUUCCUCUUGUGGUGCCUUAUUCCCAAGUGCUGUUUCUCCUCUAGAACUGCGACAGAGACUACAUGGGGCAGAAACCUUAAAAAUGUUUAGUAAAAAUCAAAAGUUAGGUAGUUCAUCUAAUAGCAUACCACAUCUGUCAUCCCCCCCAAUGAAAUUUUUUGUUAGUACACCAUCCCAGCCAACUUGCACAAGCCAGUUAGAAACUGUAACCAAAGAUCAAGAGGUUGUUUGCUCUAAAGCUGCAGAAGGAGAUAAUACAGAAUUUGGAGCAUUUGUAGGACACAGAGAUAGCAUGGAUUUACAGAGGUUUAAAGAAUCAUCAAAUAAGGCUAAAGAAGUAUUAUCCGAGCAGUGGAAUGAUGUAAGAAACACGAUUUUGGAGAAUAGAGAGAUGCCUAAACAUCAGAGUGAUAUUCCUUCUGAAAACGCUUUGAAACAUGUGAAUUCUCACGUUGGAUUCAUUGACUGUCACAAAGCUUGUGUUCCUCUUCAUUCAGGACAAAUGGAAAGUAGCUGUAGAAGGCCAUCUGCAGAAGAAACUCAUGAAGUAAAUUCCAAAGCAGCCUUACUACCGGAUUGGUUACAAGAUACACCGUCAGACAGACAAAUGCCAUCUGAAGAAGGAACAUUAAAUGGUCUCGCUUCCCCGUUUAAGCCAGUUAUGGAUACAAAUUACUAUUACUCAGCUGUGGAAAGAAAUAACUUGAUGAGGUUAUCACUCAGCAUUCCAUUCACACCUGUGCCUCCAAGAGGUGAGCUUGUCACUGUGUAUCGCUUGGAAGAGAGUUCUCCCAACAUACUAAAUAACAGCAUGUCUUCUUGGUCACAGCUAGGCCUCUGUGCCAAAAUAGAAUUUUUAAGUAAAGAGGAGAUGGGAGGAGGUUUACGAAGAGCUGUCAAAGUACAGUGUACCUGGUCAGAACGUGAUAUUCUCAAAUCAGGACAUCUUUAUAUCAUCAAAUCUUUUCUUCCUGAGGUGGUUAAUACGUGGUCAAGUAUUUAUAAAGAAGAUACAGUUCUGCACCUGUGUCUCAGAGAGAUUCAGCAACAGAGAGCAGCACAAAAGCUCACAUUUGCCUUCAACCAGAUGAAACCCAAAUCCAUACCAUAUUCUCCAAGGUUCCUUGAAGUUUUCCUGCUGUAUUGCCAUUCAGCAGGACAGUGGUUUGCUGUGGAAGAGUGUAUGACUGGAGAAUUUAGAAAAUACAACAAUAAUAAUGGUGAUGAGAUUAUUCCAACUAAUACACUGGAAGAGAUCAUGUUAGCCUUUAGCCACUGGACUUACGAAUAUACAAGAGGGGAGUUACUGGUACUUGAUUUGCAAGGCGUGGGUGAAAAUCUGACUGACCCAUCUGUGAUAAAAGCAGAAGAAAAGAGAUCCUGUGAUAUGGUUUUUGGCCCAGCAAAUCUAGGAGAAGAUGCAAUAAAAAAUUUUAGAGCAAAACAUCAUUGUAAUUCUUGCUGUAGAAAGCUUAAACUUCCAGUUUUAGGUGCUCACCCAGCUGUUACCACCACAGGAUGGCCUCUUCAUGACUGGAGCUUGUCUUGGGUGAAGGUUAGAGGAGCAGAAAGAAAAACAUUGAAAGGUGCAUUUCCUUCACACUCUCCAUCCCAGAGUGCCUCCUUUCCUGAUCCUGUAGCCUGAAAGAGAGGGCUUGUCUUGGAGCUUUGUCUCUUUGUGCUUGAUGUACCUUCUGGUGUAAGGCUGUCUUCAAGUCUAAACUGGAUAUGUGGAAGGGAAAAGAACCAGAAAACUCACUGCCUAUAGGUCAUUAUUCAGGUUUUUAUUUUCUUCCCCGGUCUAUCUGCUCUGCCCUUUUGUGAAGUCUCAGAUAGUUGCUUUAUAUAUUCUGUGAAACGUUUUUGGUUGUAAUCACUGGGAGAGACCUCGAGGCAUGUGCUUGGUCUGUUUUAGCCAGAACUAGAACUUACGGUGGUGAAUUUAAUAGGCAGCCAAGAUAGAAUUUUUAUUUGGUGUUUUGAAUACAAUGCAAGGUUUAGUAGCAUAUAUCUGCUUUUAAAAUUAUCAUUAUAAUCAGGGUUUCACAGUUGGGAGGGACCUUAGAAGCAGUCCAACCCAAGUCCCACAUUUUACAGGUGAUGUAAUUGGAAGGUCAUAUGAUUUGCCCAUGGUUACACCAUUAACAGCAUAAUCAGAACUUGAACUACAGUUGCAUGUCCACUGUUCUUUGUACAGUACAGCUACAAAUUAGUUUACACUCCCUAUAGGGUCGCUAUGAGUUGAAAUCGACUUGAUAACAGCAUGUUUGGUUUUGGUUUGUGUACUCUUGCAUAAAAAAUAUAAAAAAAUUCAUACAAUGGCAAAUAUGUAUUUGGACCAUUGACUAUAAACCGUUCCUCAAGUUAAAAUUAACAGCUCAUAUUCUGAGUAUUUUAUAUGCAUGACUAUGGUUAGUUUAAGUUAUAAAUUUGCUAUUACUAUAUUACGUUCACCAAUUCUGUAACUAUUGUCAUAUGUCUAUAGCUCCCUAAGUGAUUUCAUUCUGUCUCAUAGCUAUAAAAUGCAGUUUACAUACUGAUAGUACCAAAUUUAUCUAAAGACUUCUUUCCUGAGCUCUGAUUUCAUAUAUUUAAUUGCUACAUUUUACUUGGAUAUCCUAAAGCGUCUUUAUAGUAACAUGUCCAUUCCAGAACUCUUGAUUUCCAUCUCCAACCCCUGCGCACAAAACUCUGCUUCUGUAUCUCAUUUAUGAUUACCCGAAACCUAAGAGUUAUCUCCGAUUCCUCUUUUCCCUUACCCUGCUUAAUGAAUUGAUCAAAUCCUGUUAACUCUCAUUUUGAAAUACCCCUCAAAUUUCGUCUCUUUCUAGCUUCAUUGCCACCAUCUUGUUUCCUGGACUACUGCCAAGCUCCCCUUAAUUAGACUGUAUGUGGCAAUCAGUAUAGUCUUUUAAAACAAAACAGAUUAUAUUUCUUUCCUGCUUAAAACCUUUUAAUGGCUUUUCAUUGCAGUAUGUGCUCCUUACCAUAGCUUAAAAAAAAAAAAAAGUUGCCAUGGAGUCAAUUCUGACUCACGGCAACCCUGUGUCAGAGUAAAACUGUGCUCCAUAGGGUUUUCAGUGGUUAAUUUUUUGGAAGUAGAUCACCAGGCCUUUCUUCUGAGGUGCCUCUGGGUAGACUUGAACCUCCAACUUCUCAGAAGCUAAGCACUUAGCCAUUUGUGCCACCCAGGGGCCCUUAGGUUAUAUCCCCUAAAUCAGAGAUGGGCAAAUUUUUUCUGUAAAAGGCAUAGUAGUAAAUACUUAGGCUUUAUGGACCAUAUGGUCUGUGUCACAGCUCAUCAACUCUGCUGUUGACGUGCCUUAGACAGUCUGUAGACGAAUGAGUGUGGCUGUGUUCCAGUACUACUAUUUAAAGAAACAGGCAGCAGGCCAUAUUUGGCCCAUAGGCCAUAGUUUGCCAACUCUUGGGGCCUUAACUACUGCUCUGAUCUCAUUUUUCUGCCAUCUUUCUUUCUUUCAGUACAUGCAAGCCACACCACCCUCUUGUCAUUCUUAGAACACACCAAUUCCAUUUCCUUCUUAUAGUCUUCACAGUUAGCUUUCCCUCUGCCUAGAACGUUCCUUCUAGACUUUAAUAGGUCACUUCUCAAUAUUCAGAUCUCCACUCAGAUGUCACCACCUCAGCUUUUCUGCCAGCCCUGUGUAAAAGAAUCACCCUAUGCCAUCCCCCAUGUGGCCCUCAUCACACUCUUCGUCAGAGCACUUGUUGUAACUUGAAAUUGUCAUUUUUUUGUUUGCUUGUUUUUCUUCGCCUAUUAGAAUAUAAGUUCUGUGAAUGCAAGGACUUUGCUCAUUGCUACAUCCCCUCACUUAAACAAAGUAGUUACUGACUCUUGGUCAUUGUGUAGUAAUCAUUUGUUGAAUGAAUGAAUUCUAUUUUUAUGUAUAUAAAUAUUAUGACUAUUGAAUUUAUAAUUGAACCUAGUGAAAAAAAUAGAUCUAAUAUGUUUAUAGGAAAAUUAACUUAGAAAAUGUUCUUAAUUCUCCACUCUUAAAAAAUACUGACUUUUUUUUUCUUCUUUUGUUGGGGGGGUUA